AUGCGCUCGUCUACCCGCGAUCGCCGCGCCACCUCCGGCUUCGGGGCCUUCGACUGGGAGCUCCCUUCCGCGCCCCCUCCUUCCGCCUCUUCCGCCGCCCAUGCCUCCUCCCGCUUCCCCUCCGCCGCCGGCGGUGCCGCCACUCGCCGCUCCAAUGCCUUCUAUUUCAGCUCCUCCGCUGCAAAGUCCUCUUCCGCAAGCGCCGGCGGCGGCGGCGGAGGCGCUGCUGGCGCCGGAUUUGGGGGAGGCGGAGGGUGGUUCUUUUCCGGUCUCCUUAGCGGCAUCGGCGGCGGCGGGCGGUCUAGAACGUUCUCUUUGUCUGGAAGAUCUCCCUUUGGGGGCAUAGGGGGGUAUUCUUCUCUCGGCGGUCCGCAAUCCGCGUUUGGCGGCGUGCCUCACUAUGCAUCCUCCGCGUCGUCCGUUUACUCUCUCCUGCUGCCGUGCACUUGCCUGUUCCUGGGUUUUCUUCUCGCGUCCUUCAUUUUCAUAAGCUCUAGAUCGUUAAUAGCCGCGCCGUCGUGGGUCGCGAUUCAUGGGCAGAAGCAGCAGCAGGGGUUAACGCAGGAGCACCAGCAACAGAUUUCACUGCAACAGCAGCACCAGCAGCAGCAACAGCAGGAGCAGGAGGGGCAGCAGGAUGGUCUCUCUCCCACUGAUAGCAGCAGUGCUGGUGCUGAUGGUGAUGGGAACGGGGAUGAUGCGGAAGGAGAGGGCGAAGGCGCGCAAGACAACACCGAGAAAAGCAGGCGGUUCGGGCCUCGGGAAUCAGCGAAGAAAACGGACAGAAGUGGAGGGGAAACGGGAGGGGAGGAGGGGGAGGAGGUGGAGGAGAAGAAGGUAGUACAGGAGAGUGUUGAGGGAGAGGAGGGAGAGGAAGGCGUAGAGAGUCAGGCGGAAGGGAAGUUGAGGGAGGCAGAGGCGAUGCUGGAAGGUGUAGGAAGGGAGAGGGAGAGGCGGGAGGAGGAGCAUUUGGAUGAGAUUAUGAAGAGGCUGAAUGGUGCGGAAGAGGACGAGGGGGCGGGUGGGGGAGGCGGGAAGAAGAAGAAGAAGAGGAAAAAGGCGGCAGAGGAGGAGGAAGAAGAGGAGGUAGUUUCUGGGAAGAAAAGAGGGGAAGGUGGCAGCAAGAAAAGGCAGGAGGUAGAGGAGGAAGAGAGCGGAGAAGGGGAGGGCAAGGAGGAGGAGAUUAUUGAUGAGCUUUUGAAGGGGAUUGGUGGGGGAGAUGAGGAGGAGGAGAAGGAGAAGGGAAGAGAUGUUGGCAAAGAAGGAAAGGGAAGGGACGACUCGAUAAUCAAGGCUGCUGCGACAGAGAAGGGUGACGGGGAGGGGGGGCAUGCAGAGGAGACGAGAGAAGGCGGGGGUCUAGGGGAGAAGCGAGAGGAUACAAGCGGAGUGGCGGCAUUAAGCAAAGGGAGUGCAGUUGGGGAGUUGCCUGGAAGCCCACAUGGCAGUAGCGAGAAAGAUGGCGUGGAGGAAGGUUCAGCAUCCAAAGAGGCGUCAGGAGAUGCGGACAGAGAGCGGGGAGCUGGUGGCGCCGGUAGUGAGGGCUCAGGUGGACUCUCAGGUGUUUCUUCAGUGGAUGUUCCAGGAGGAUCGAAGGACCGUGUGAGCAGUGAGGAGGAAGGAGAAGGUGCAGGUACGCUUGGGGAAGGGAAAGGUGGUGAGAAGGGGAAGGGAGGCGAGGAGGAAGGGGCUGAUGAAGAGAAGGAAGGGGCAGAUAGCAGCAAAGGAGAGGAGCAGGGUGAGAGCAUUGAGGGGAUUUCUGCAGGCAAAGGCAACGCGGGCAACUCGGGCGAAGCUGAUACCACCAGUACGCCUGCGGUUUCUGCUGUUGGCCAUGCUCCUGCCUCUCUCCCUUCCCCAGCUACAGCAGCAGCUCCGGGUUCAGCCAGCGAACAAGGGGGAGUGCGAGGCGGUUCAGAUGGGUCUGAGGAAGGCAGCCAGCAGCAAGGGCAAGAGCAGGAAGCAGGGCAAGAGCGCGAGAAUCAAGAUGUGGAACAGCAGCAAGGUACAGGGGGGGACGCUAGCAUCCAAGGAACUGCUGAGGAAGGUGCAUCGAACAAUACUGCUACUGCUGCUGCUGCUGCUGCUACUGCUACUGCGCAAGGCUCUCAUCCUUCGGUAGAACCUGAGGGGUCCAACAUGUUAGGAGCUUCUGAAGAUGGUUCUGCUGCUUCUGCUGGUGCAAGCGCUACUGAUCCAGCUUCCAAUUCCUCCUCGGGAUCAUCAGGCGUUUCAAGUGAUGGAGGUGGUGGCUCUGAAACUGUGCCUCCAGACUCGUCGGCCUCUCAAGGCAACGCAAAGAAGGGCCUCUUUUCCGCGGUCGGCGCGAUGAUUCGGCGCAACGCGCGGCUGCGGCGCGAGUAUCUGUACCGCAAGAACCUGGAGGGCAAGGAGCGCGUGCAGUACGAGAAGAAGCUCAAGAUCCGCCAGGCGCUGCAAGAGGGUCGGCCGGUUCCCACGGAGCUGCGCAACGAGGCGUUGGCGCUGCGGGACGAGAUCGACCUCGAAGACGACUACACCGCGGAGCCGCGAUCACAUGUGGACGACGAGUAUGCGAGGGCGGGCGAGGAGGACCCGCGCGUGCUGCUGACCACGUCGCGCGACCCCAGCAGCCGCCUCACGCAGUUCGUCAAGGAGCUCAAGAUCGUCUUCCCCAACGCGCAGAGAAUCAACCGCGGAGGGCAGGUGAUCAACGAGAUAGUGGCAUCGGCGCGCAGCAGUGCGUUCACAGACAUCAUAGUGGUGCACGAGCACAGGGGGCAGCCCGAUGGGCUCGUUGUCUGCCACCUGCCCUACGGCCCCACUGCCUACUUCGGCCUGCUCAACGUGGUGACACGGCAUGACAUUCAGGACAGAGCCACAAUAGGCACCAUGUCAGAGGCAUACCCACACCUCAUCCUCGAUAACUUCUCCACCAAGUUGGGGCAGCGCACGAGCAACAUUCUCAAGUAUCUCUUCCCGGUGCCCAAGCCUGACUCCAAGCGUGUCAUCACAUUUGCCAACCAGUCCGACUACAUCUCCUUCCGACACCACGUAUACGAGAAGCCUCAAGGUCCCAAGUCUCUACAGCUCAAGGAAGUCGGGCCUAGAUUUGAGCUCCGGUUGUACCAGCGGUCUGCGAGGCAUGCGACUCGCGACGCCGCGCGAACCACCGCGCAAGCCUCCCUCUCUUCGCUCUCAUGCGCAGCGCUCGCUGGUGCGGGGCGCCGGAGCCUUUUCUCUGCCUCUCCGCUUCCGCACGCGCGGGCAUCUUCCCGCCGCAUCCGCCGCGGAGUGAUCUCCGCAGUCGCCGCGGGAGUGGCUGGAGCCGCAGGCUCAAACAAGACCCGCCUGGCGCGCGCAACGGAACUAGCGCAAUGGCUCGCCUCCGCGGGCUUUCCCGCGCAACCUGUUGCGCCCGCGGACGCCGGAGCGGCGGGAAUCGGGCUCUCCGCCAAGGAGCCAAUUAAAAAGGGCCAAGUGGCGCUGCGGGUGCCGGAGAAUUUUGUCGUGACGUCAGUCGACGUGGCGGAGCACCCAGUGGUGGCGAAGGCGGCGGAGGGACGUGGCGAUUUGGUCGGGCUGACUCUUUGGCUGAUGUGGGAGCGCUCUCAGGGUGACGCGUCGCUCUGGGCUCCGUACAUUCGCACUUUCUCGGAAGCCACGUCAUCGCCGCUGCUUUGGCUGGCAGACGACCGGCAGCGGCUGCUGGCCGGCACGACGAUCGCCGACGAGAUUGACGGCCGGGUGGCGGAAAUGGAAGCGGUGUAUAGCGUUCUUAAAGCCACGCAUUUUGACGCGGACCCUAGUUCCUUCCCGACCUCUCCAGCCUCCGCUCCUUUUUCUCCGGAGUCUUUUAAGAAAGCCUUUGCUGUGGUGCUGUCGCGUGCCGUGUACCUCCCCUCGGUCGACUUAUUCGCCUUGAUUCCCUUGGCAGAUCUAGUUAACCACUCGCCCGCACCCUCUAACCCGGCUAUUCCUCCGCCGUCCUCUUUCGAUUUUGACCCCGCGUCGCAAUGCGUGGUUCUUCGUUCCCACAUUGAUCUCUCUUCCGGCGAUCCUCUCCUCGCAUCGUACGGCCAGGAUCGUACCCCGGCGGAUCUCCUCCUCACGUAUGGCUUCGUGCCGCGCCCCUCGCCGUCCGAUUUCCUUCUGCUGCCAGUCUCGCUCGUUCCUGGCGACCCGCUGUUGGAAUUCAAGCGGCAGAUUCUAAACGACCAGGGGCUGUCUGCAUCGGAGAUGUUUCCGCUUUUCACGGACCGCUUUCCACGUCAGCUGAUCGCGUUCAUGCGGCUCGCGCGGCUCCAGGACGCGGCGCAACUCGCGGGAAUCAGCUUCGAGCGCGAUGUGAUGCUAUCGGAGGCGAACGAGUACGAGGCGCUGCAGAUCCUGCUGCGUGACUGUAACGACCGGGUCGCGGAAUUCCCGCAGACUCUGGAGGACGACCUCCGGCUGCUCAAUCUCGGCUCCGCCGUUUCCGCCGGCGCCGCCUCCGCCGCCGCCACCGCCGCGGCAAAUGCCGAGAGCAGCAGCAGCAGCAGCGGCGGGGGUGGGGUUUUUGGAGGGUUUUUCGGGGGUUUUGGUGGGGGGCAGCAGCAGAAGCAAUCGGUGAGUGAAGCCGAACGGGCGUCAGCUGCUGCUGCAGCAGAGGCAGCCGCAGCAGAGGAGCGAGAAAUGCUGGCAGCAGCGCUACGGGCGCGGGAGAAGCAGAUAUUGGCCAAUACCGUUGCUGCUCUGCGUACUAAGCUGGCGCCUAUCAGGGGGUUGCCGAGCAAGCAGGGCAUGGAUGACCCGAACGAGGAGAUUAAAGCCAUGUUUGGAAUGAUGGAGGCGGGGUUUUCUGCGCCGACCAAGCUGUUUUCAGACCUGAUGAAACGGAAGAAUUCGCCCUAG